AUGGCGGCGGAUAACAUGUCGGAAGAGGGGAAGAGGAGCGGCAGUUACAACCUAAGAAGCCUGGAGAACAAGAAAGGGGAAAACGCAGCCGGUAAUGGAGGAGACGCACAGAAAUCAAAAGAGGUAACACCUGGAAGAGCAAGUAGAGGUAGAAAGAAAAUGGACCCGAAAGAUAAGAAAGAGAAGAGGAAGGAUAGGGUACUUUCUGGGGUUAGGCGACUGGAGGACUUCUUGGGAGAGAAGACGGGGGAUGAGGAGAAUUCUCACUGGGAAAGGCCGGAGGAUGACCCGGAUGACCCAGAGAAUCCUGAAAGUGGCCAAGAGACCCAUGACAACCAGUCAGAGCAACAGGAAAGUGAGGAAGGAGAGGAAGUUGAGGAGGGCUUGGCUGUGGACAGUGUGACAGGAGAAGAGGCAGUGAUAAGUGAGNUAAAAAUACUCACCCCUCUUUUGGACACAUGA